GAAAGGUAAUUCUGCUUUGAACAUCCUGUAAGGUGAAUAUAAUCGCUAGCAACAGCGUUGAACAGUAGAGUGAUACUGUAGAGAUAUGGAAAUCGGGGAGGGGCCCUGACAAUAAGCCCCAAUGCCCCGCUGAGAGCAAACACCACCAUCUUAUCCCCUCGGCAUACCCAUUAUACCAUGAUCUUCACCAAGAAACCAACAUAUCAUUGUUUGUCUUAUUGUUUUCGCCUUGUUACUAGCCGACAGAGAAGAAUCGUAUAGACAUUUUUUAAAAAUUGGGUUUGAACCUCCGUGAAAGCGCAAGGGCCUGAGCCAUUUUACGCAGGAAGAAACAGAUGCCAACGCUGCUAAAGGUAGUACUGCAAUAUACGAUUUCAACUUUUCUCUUAUGGGAAACAAUGCCGAACACACGGUUGUCAAGUCUGGCGACAAGGGCAAACAACGGCGGGAGAAUGAGGCAGCAGUGCUUCGCCUUGCUGAACAACUUGGGCUUCCGACACCACGGGUCCGCGAGCUCAAAGAAUGUGUUAUAGACGGCAAGUCCGAGAUUUUGAUAAGGAUGGACAACAUCGAAGGUCAAACACUGAAAACCGCCUGGCUAAUCUUUUCGCCGUACGAGAAGCAUGACGUUUACGGGCAGCUCCGCGAUAUCUUGGACGAGAUGCGCGCGAAGUCCGAUGGCCUGGUACCACCAUAGGAUCUCUGAAUGACCGCGAGACUAUGCAAUGCCGUCUGUACGGUGUCAAAAACGGUGAUCCAUUUCGAAUGGAAGAAGAGCUAAGUGAGUUCAUCCUUGACAUCCAUCACCUCACACCAAUACCGGUGCGAGAUACACUCGUGAAGCACCUCCGCGCGGAUCGUAGUAUCGUCUUGCCGAAUGGUCACAUACAUCAAGGUAACAUCACCAUAAAGUAGGGGAAGGUAACGGGACUGUUGGACUGGGGAUUUGCUGGUUGGUAACCCGAGUAUUGGGACUAUAUUAACUUCUGUAACAUAAAUGCAACGCAUGAACAUUGGCCGGAAUAUGCUAAAGAGAUUUGUUUUCAGAUACCUGUGAUAAUGAACUACUAUUUCAUUUGGCGCUCGGUAGAAUUCAG